AUGGAGAUCGUAAUCGGAUCAAUAAUGCCUUUCGUAUUAGCCACCGUACUAAUAAUUAUCUCUUCAACGGAAUUAAUCGUCGCACAAACGGCUUUCACAGCUAUGUUUGCGUUUGGAGAUUCAUUAACCGAUCCUGGUAACAACAAUUACUUGAAUUCAUUAGCAAAGGCUAAUUACAUCCCUUACGGGGUCGACUUCUACCAAGGCCCUUCUGGCAGAUUUUGCAACGGAAAAACCGUCGUAGAUUUUCUUGGAGAGAUGAUGGGAAUUCCUGUGCUACCAGCUUACACAAGCCCUUUUGCUACUGGUCAAAACAUUCUUAAAGGAGUCAACUAUGCUUCUGCAGCUGGAGGGAUUCUUCAAGAGACUGGACACAAUCUUGGUGAAAGGUUCAGCUUAUCACAGCAAGUAGAAAACUUUGAGAACACGUUGAACGUGUUGAGGAGCCAAAUGGAAGACGAAGAAUUGAGCGAUUAUUUGGCUAAGGCAUUGGUUGUACUAUCACUUGGCAGUAAUGACUACAUCAAUAAUUAUCUUCAGCCUUCAUUUUACACCACCAGUUAUAUCUAUAACCCUAAAGACUACGCCGAUCUUCUCGUAAACCGCUACACUAGGCAAAUUCUGUUGGUCCAGGCAAUCCAUAGCUUAGGACUAAGAAAAUUCUUUAUAGCUGGAAUUGGACCGCUGGGGUGCAUCCCUAAUCAGCUAGCAACAGGUGCACCUGGACCAGGAAAGUGUGUGGACUACACGAACGAAGUCGUUACAAUGUUCAAUGAGAGGCUUCAAUCACUUGUGGAUGAGCUCAACAACAAGUAUAAUAAUGAAUCCAUUUUCGCUUAUGGCAAUAGUUUUGGGGCAGUUGUGGAUAUACUCAACAAUGCCAGGGCUUAUGGAUUUAGGGUGACGGACAAAGGGUGUUGCGGGAUAGGAAGAAACAAAGGGCAAGUGACAUGCCUUCCGUUAUCGGUGCCAUGCAUUAAGAGAAACGAGUAUAUGUUUUGGGAUGCCUUUCAUCCAACACAAGCUGUCAACCAAAUUUUGGCUGAUAGGGCUUUUUCUGGCUCCACAUUUUACACCUAUCCACUUAAUAUACAACAGAUGGGGCUGCUUUAAAUUAAAUUAAACAACUUCCUUAAUUCUCUUAGAGUUCAAUAUGUUCUUGCUUUGUUUAAUAUAAUGUAAGAAAAAAAUUGAAAUAAAGUGUGCAUCUUCAAGACAGCAAACAAACAUCAAAGUAGUAGAAAAGGACUUUGUCUGUAAUAGUUCUGAUUUAUUUUGCUUUGUUUAUUAAUCAAUGCUAAUCUCCCUCCAUGCAUCAAUCUCUUAGCUUCCAUAAUAAUUGUCAUUUUUAAAUGUAAGAAAAAUGUAACUUAUAUUUACGACUGACCGGUAAACAAAAUUUUCAAUAAUGUACAUUUUUUGUACUAUUCAAUAAACGAAAGACUUUCUCUUUGUGUAGCCACGACGUUCUUGAACACAGUUCCGAUUCUGUGUCUUUGAAAGCAAAUUCGCACAAGUUGUUUGCCCUAGUCUAUAAGAUAUGCAAGAAUAGAUUUAUAGUUAAAAGCAAAUUAUUUACAAUCAAUGCCAAUUAUAGAGUACAAAACAUACAAGAAAAUUAAUGC